UUCCUCUACCGGCAAAUAUUUCCUACUUCAGCUGCUUAAAUACAAAGAAAAAAUCAAAACAAAAGUAAACCAGAUUUUGGAAAAAGUUUAAAACUGUAACGACUUUAAGAUAAGGGAUCAUACUUAUACACUAAGUCGUUCAGUUGUACAAGAUUAUGUAUCUCAUUUAACAUUUUAAACGUAAAUUAACUAAAUAAAGAGACCGAUCGUGUUCAAAAACUCGAAAAGUUGAGUCGCCGUUACGGGGGAGAAUUAGUCAACCAGUUUUUUAGAAAAUUUUGAACCAGUCGAUAAAUCUGGAGUAGAAGAAGCCCAGAAUAUUUUAGUGUGCGUCGAUUCCCAAGAUCGACCAGUUUUAUAAGAAAAUUUUAAGCUAGUUGAUAAAUCUGGAGGUCGACAUAUUUUAGGAGGCGAGGUUUUUAAAGAAAAAAAAGAUUCCGAGAUGAGUUUCGAGUACAAAGCAGAACCGGGUUAUCGACCGCUUGGUGUUGACACCAAUUCCGCACCACAAAUAAGGAUGGGAGGCCCUCCAAUGUUUCCUGGCCGGCCGGAAACAUUCCCCCCGUUGAUGUAUGAUCGCCUUCCCCACAAUCCAAUUCUUGCUGGUGGUGGUGGUCCUCCCCAAAUUCCAAAUUCGUCGGCAACGCCAAAAUAUGAAUUACCAUCGCCAUCCACCCAGCACUCGGACGACACUUCAUCUUCCUCCUCCCGGGAAGAAAUAUGUCCCCACUGUUCAAACACAUACACCACGAGGCACCUCCUGAACCUGCACGUGGCCCAAGUUCACGGCAAGGGAGGCAAGGGACGCACCAAGAUAAAAUGCACCCACUGUCCCAAAUCAUUCCACGACCAGCGAACUUUGCGAAAUCACGUCAACCUUAUCCACAAAAUGGGCGGAUUUGCCUGUACUGCCUGCGGCAAGAAGUUGUCCAACAAUAAUAAUCGGGUAAUUCAUGAAAUUAAUGUAUGCAAAGUGGUCUGGGAGAAGGACAAGAUUGACGAGGCGGGCGUCAGGGUGUACCACUGCACAUUUGACGGAUGCGGAAAAGUUUGCGCGAGACUGAAGGAUAUAGAACGACAUAUGGACAUCCACGUGCGGAACGGCAAGAUAAGGACAUAAUGAAGGAAGAGAUGUUAUGAAUGAAUAUCUUUUAUGAAGUUGGAGGGGGGAUUAUCUGUAUUCAGCCAUUCAGGAUUGUAGUAUGAAAAAAGUGUUAAAUUUAUCUUUAUCUUUACAAAUGGACAGUAAUUUAUGACGUAAUGAAAGUUCAUCAGUUAUUGUUUCUAACGUAAGACAUCUCUCUCAAUGUAUGGCUUUGCAAAGCCGGACCGAAAUCAGGAUUUACUAGUACAUAUACAAAAAUUUCUCAUUUUUAUAUUAAUUAGUUCCGAUUAAAUAUUUGUAAUAAAUAUUGUACACAAAAUUUUGACCAUAUUUAGCAUCAAAUUCAAAUUUACUCUAGAUUUACCUAUGGGACACUCAUCAGAACACUUUUAAAUGCAGAAAUGAUUAUUAACUAAUUUAAUGUAUUAAAUUGUAUUCACAUAUUUGUAAUACCCUCGCAUUUCUUGAAAUUGAACUGAAAGAUACAUGAACGAUACGUCUCAUGAUGUCUCAUACGUCUAAUUGACGUCUGUAUGUAUGUAUGCUUAUCAUUACUCAGAUUUUACAUUUGUCUUGGCAUAAAAUAUCUUGAUGCAAUUGUAAAAAAAGACUAUUAAAAAGUCCCCUUGAUUUACAUA